UUGGGUGCGCUGCCGUUUAUCGUGCUUCAUGAUUUUAUAAAGAUUUUUCGUUAAUCAAUUAUAAUAUCCUUACCUGUAAUUCUGCAUCGGUUUGUUAUAUGUGUUCAUAGUGAUUUUUUACUGUGCAUGGUAAUCAAUGCUGCUGUGCACUGAAUAUGGCUGACGAAAGACUAGUGGUCCUGAACCGUAGUGAUAAUUUGGGAUUUGGAUUCUCACUGCUCGGCGAAGCCGGUUUGCCACACAUUAUAUACGAAAUCGAAGAAAACUCUCCUGCAGCUCGUAGCGGCGAGGUGGAGGCUGGAGACGUAUUGCUCAAGGUCAAUGGGACUGACGUGAACCGGUUCACCACACGAGAAGUUUUAAAAUGUUUGCGACUAUCGUCGGAUCCCGUCACUUUAAGACUGAAAAAGGACCCACAGAUCAAAGCGAACGUGAGGCGGUACUUGUCGUCAGGCGAACGGCGGACGAGCGGACCGAGAACGAAUCACGAUAAAAGCUCGCCACCCUCCAGUAAAUCCAGCAAAUCGUCCAACAGCAACUCAUCGAGCAACUCGUCAAGCAACGGGUCCGGCGUGCAAUCGGGCGAGAGCUGCGAGGCUCUCCUGACCGAGGACCGCGUGGACCGGCGGCCUCGGGCCAACCAGCCCAAGUUCGAGGCCUACAUGAUGACGGGGGACCUCAUGCUCAACCUGUCCAGGGUCGAGCACCCACACCACAACAACCAUGUGCCUAUGCACCGGACACACUACCAUAGGUACAAUUCGACGCCAGCGUCACCAAUAGAAAGCCGGCUAGGCGGGCGGGAGGUCACACAGCGGCACAACUCCUCGCCCGACACCGGCCUACUCGGAGACCACUCCAACAAAUUAUAUAGUUCGCAGCCCGCGUCGCCGGCGGGCGGCACGACGGGCGCCGAGCUGCCGGCGCGCGCGCCGCUCGCCGUGCGCACCUCGCGCUCAGAGGACCAUCUCCAGAAGGAGUCAUCCCUGAGCGCGGUAGCAGUAGACAUGGAAGAGGACGUGACGUCAUCACUCAACACAUUACUCGACGCGCGGCCCGACUCCGCCACUCCCGGCCCUCGGUCAGAAUCGGACCCCGUCCGGGACAGCCGGAUCGUGUGGACGUACAACGCGCCUGUGUCUUCGGCGUCAGAGCGGACGCACUGCAACGGCUCCGGACACACGUCGAAUUCCACCUCCAUUUCUGACGGCAUGUCACAAAGAUCAUCAUCGCCCGCGUCGCCGACGUCAGCGUCGUCGUCGGUGAUGUCGUCGCGCGCCACGCCGCCGCACCGCCACGCGCACGCGCCACACAACAUCAACCACCGCCCGCUCAACGGCGACAUGAGUCUCUCAGAAGCCAUCUCCAACAUCUCCAGCCCCGACUACCAAGACCAAGAUGACAUGUUCGAGACUGGCCGAGAAUGCCCUCGGAUGGAGCUCUCCGAUCCUUCGGACUCCGACUCCACCAUCCUAGUCUCCGAGCCCUGCCACAAGCGGGCCAAGUCCAACUCCUUCUCAAAUGACCAUGGCAGCGAUGUGACCCUCAACGGAGAUAAUAAUGAUUAUAGAAUAGUAAUACAGGUCAAGGGACCGGACAAAGGAGGCAAUGCGGAGAAUGUAAAUAAUAAUAAUAGUUAUGCGAAUGGCAAGGAGAAUGGACAUUUACCGGAGAAUCAGGGGUAUCAGGAGCUCGGCAGCGGUUCGGACGGGGGCUCCGACGAGGGUUCUGAUGGCGACUCGCUGCACUCGUUCCACUACAGCCCGAAGGCCGUCGACAUACCGUCCGCCUCGCGCCUCGCCAAGCGGCUCUACCAUUUAGACGGCUUCAAGAAGUCUGAUGUGUCGAGGCAUUUGAGCAAAAACAACGAAUUUUCUCGUGCCGUGGCCGAGGAGUACGUGAAGCACUUCGACUUCGCAGGCGCGACGCUUGACGCGGCGCUGCGAGAAUUUCUCGCGAGGUUCGCGCUCAGCGGCGAGACGCAGGAGCGCGAGCGCGUUCUCGUGCACUUCUCGAGAAGGUAUCUCGAGUGCAACCCGGGUUCCUUCAACUCGCAAGACGCGGUGCAUACCCUAACCUGUGCAAUCAUGUUGCUCAACACCGACCUCCACGGUCUUGCAUCAGGCGGCGCCUUCCGGCGGAUGUCCUGCGCUGAAUUUGUGGACAACCUCGCAGAGUUGAACGAUGGCGAAAAUUUCCCGAGAGACACACUCAAGCAUCUAUACCAUGCCAUCCGGACUCAGCCGUUACAAUGGGCACUUGACACAGACACUAGCGCCGCGGCGGCGCCGGCGGGCGCGGGCGCGGAGGCGACUCGCGCCGGCGCUAAUCCCUUCCUCGAUGUCCCCGACCAAUCACGAGCGGUCGAAUACAAGAAGGGCUACGUCAUGAGGAAAUGCUGCGUGGAUCCCAAUGGCAAGAAAACUCCAUUCGGCCGGCGUGGGUGGAAGAUGUUUUACUGCACGCUGCGUGACCUCGUGCUGUUCCUACAUAAAGACGAGCACGGGUUCCGACGCGGGCAGAUGUCUGAUAAUCUACACAAUGCUAUCAGAAUACACCACGCUCUGGCGACGAAAGCGACUGACUAUACGAAAAAGCAGCACGUCUUCAGAUUGCAAACGGCGGACCAGGCUGAAUAUCUCUUCCAGACCAGCGACUCAAAGGAACUGUGUUCUUGGGUGGAGACGAUCAACUUCGUGUGCGCCGCGUACUCGGCGCCGCCCCUCGCCGGCGCCGUCGGCUCGCAGCGCAAGUUCCAGCGCCCGCUGCUGCCCUGCUCUCACACCCGCCUGUCCAUGCGCGAGCAACUAGCGGAGCACGAAGAGCGAGCGGCGCGUUUGGAAGAAGAGUUGGCGGCGCUCAGGCACGCGCGGGACGGGCCCGCCGCUAGGGAUAAGGACCAUUACUUGCAAUAUGAGGUGAAGCGGUACCGCACGUACGCGGCGGUGAUGCGCGCGCGCGCGGGCGGCGCGGGCGCGGAGGCGGCGGCGCCCGCGCUGCCCGCGCGCGCCCCGCCCGCGCCCGAGCGCGCGCCGCCGCCCUGACGCGCCAUGGCGGUGUUCGCCGCCUGCGUGCUGUGACCCGCGCCCGCGCCCGCGCCCGCGCCCGGCCUGCUGGCGUCGCUCAAGGACCUGUUCUGCGGCCCCGCAGUACUGCUGUAAACUGCUACAUUGGUACAACGCCUCCCAUACGAUAACUCUAUACGACAGGUUGAAAGGGCUUGUAAUGUUGACGUGGUGCUUAAAACUAAAAUUACUCCUAGCAGUCUAGUACGGCCACAUUCGAAUUUAUCAGGUCGAGGUGCUCGGCUCACAAAUAUCUCGAUCUGAUGUGUAACUUGCGUUUUUGCAGAUAAGUCCAUACGUCUAGCACAUUUUCUAGUAUGUACUCGCGUGGGAAAACGAGAUUAGUUAAACCGCCUGUUUCAUAAUAGAAAAUGAAGAUAAUAUUGGACAAAAUAUACAUACCGAUAAAAUUGUUUUUAAUAUUCCUACUGAAAUUCUAGAUUGUCUCAGCAUCUAACUUCCGCUUCCGCUUUCCCGUUACCUUUUACACUUUUCGUUAUGUUUUCCAUAAAUUAACGAACAUGAUUAUCUUCUGACAAACUUCUAUAAAUAAUCAUAGUCUUUUAAAGUUCUUAGAAAGUACCAUUGCGAUCACCAGUGAUUUGUAUUUAAAUCAUUUUGGUUUGAGCGCAAUUUCUGUGUUUCUCAAUUAUUAAAAGACUUUUUUAUACAGAUACUUUUUUGAAAAAAGUACUCAUAUAUGACACUGACCGCAAAGCCCAGGUCAAUGUUACAAAUUUAUAAAAACUAGUCAAUGUAAUCGUAUCGGGGAGUUCAAAUUCAUCCCACCUAAUCGGAUCGUGACCAAAAAUAGAAGUAACCUACGGCCCGAAGGCGACCUUCAAUUCUAGCGACCUAGGCUAACCCCCUUAUUCAUAAACGUUCACUAAAGUUAUCAAGCCGAUAAAGUUCGUUUGUCCCUUUCUGACGUAUUUAGUGUGAUAGAAAAGGACAAACGAACUUUAUCCGCUUGAUAACUUUAGUGUACGUUUAUGCAUAAGGGGUUAGCAUUUAGUUUCUACAGCGAUUCAAUAGCAACUAGCUUAGCUAGAUCUAGUUAAAAUAGGAGCCCUCCUUUUGUAAUUGCUAACAUGCAAAUUUACAUAAAUGAACAUCAAUGUUUUUGUAAGAUUUAUAAGGUGAGUUGACUUUUCUUGAGCUGGCAACUGUAACAUAGUUUAUUAAUUAUUGGUUACUUUAGCAAGCAGUUAUAACAUACACAAAAGAAACAACGUGUAGCACCCUCUAUACAAAUUGUUUGCUAUGGAAAUUUGACUUUAGUUGUACCUAUUUUAUGUACAUCGGAUUAAAAGUUAUAUGAGACAAAAGACGUGCUAAUUUGUAUAUUUUAUUGUAGGUUGAAAUUCCAUCGAAAUUGAAUUUCAGUACAUAGAAAUGUAUGUACACAGGACGAUACGAGUAAAAAGAGUUGCCUGAAUAGUUACAGAGAGAGGAACACAUGACAAAUAGUUAGGUUUGCCAAAGCAAAAAAACGAUUUUUUUUGACUUGCCAUAGACGACUCAGUAAAAACUCGUUUAGCUAAUUUGUUUAUAUCCAUGACUAUUUCAACAGUUGUCUAAAAGACCAAGAAAAGUUUAAUUGAUCUUAUAAAAAGCACAGAAAGGCUAUACAGGUUAAUAAAUAGCCUAUAGCAUAGUGCCUAUAGGUCUUCAAAAGUAAACCUGUAUGUUAGCAACGCGGACCGCAUGCCCGGCCAGUCCAUUCUAGUCGCACGUGUAGCUAAGCUAAGUGCUGUCAGAAGUAGCUGAACGGACGAGGUGUCUAAAAUGAUCUGAACAAGUACUUAUUAACAUUUCAUGUGAGUGGUUGUCGUGUAUUAAAAUCUCGGUCUUUCUGUGCUUAGAACAGAAAAUUUCAUGUAAAAUGAAAAUUGCUAAAAAUAUCGUUCAGGUUGAUGAACCUACACGAUAAGGAGUAAAGAUGUCCUCUUGAACUGUAGAUUGACCAAAGGUUAUCUGGAAGAGAUCGCUCUUAAGCGAUAAGACCGCCUGUUGUUACCUCAGUUUAAUUUGUUUUUGUUUCUUGUGUAUUACUUGUAAACUAG